UACAACGUGAAGUGGUCUGGUAAUGGCAGCUUGGUAUGCGGAAAGGGUUGGAAUCCAGGAGGACCAAGAUUAUUCAAAGCAGUUAACUACACUGGCACGUACGAGCCCACCGGCCCCGGUUAUCUUUCCGUAUGUGGCUGGACCAGGAAUGCCCUCGUCGAAUGCUACAUCGUCGAGUCACACGACAACCUCAGUCCCGACGAGGUACGGACUCGCAAAGGGAACUUCACCUUCGAUGAGGGCGCAUAUCAGAUGUACGAAAGCACCCGUGUCCAACGCGUGGCCGGGGCGGUUACUACUGGGAGGCAGUAUGGUGAAUUGUCCAAGGUGGGAAUGAAAUUUGGAAGCCACGACUAUACGAUUGUUGCAACGAAGGGAUGA